AUGCGCUCGACCCACCUCGUCGGCGGCGACCUUGCUUCGGCCUCGGCGAUGGGAGGCCACUCCGACCGUGUGUUCAGGGCGCUGGCGGGCGCCUCUCUCUACAUCCUUAUCCGCCGGUGGCGCGCCGGCGGGGUCGGCCUCAACGAGCGGCCGGCGCCGGCGGAGAUCGCUGCCGCGGCUGCGCUCUGCACCUCCGUGGCGUGGCUGUACGUGCUCCCCGCCCUUGGUCUCCGCCAGAGCACGCACCGACGUCGGCACCAAGAUUAG